AUGCGUCGUUACCAAGUGCAUGACGUGGACACGACCGAGGUUGACCAGUUAGCUACGGAGUGUGAAGACUUACGGCGAGCGGCAGUGGAAAGUGAGCAGCGUGUUGCUUCAGUGCGGAUCGGUUUUUAUGCGCUUGCUUGCAGCUUUGCACAGCGUGGUCGGGAGCUUGACCAUUUGAAAACGGAGCGCGCUUUAAGCCACCAAGAUCUUUACCGUUUGCACUCCUCCCAUGCUGCUCAUGUCGAGGACCUAGCACUGUUGCGAGCCGAACGGGAUCUGCUUUCUAGCGACCGCCAGGCCCAGCUCAACCAUCUGGUCAACUUCGUUAUGGGGCUUCCGCCGUCGGUGUAG